AUGGGUGAUCAUUCAAUGGAUACGGAUGAUCAUGAUAUUGAUGUCGAAAAGUGUGAUGAGCAGCCUAGUGGAUCACAAACCAACCAUGUCUUCAAUGAUGGAACUGAUUUUUACAUCGGGCAAACAUUCGAUAGCAAGGAACAUUUAAAAAUUCUGUUGAAGAAAGCUGCAAUAAAGAGGCCGUUCGGUUUUGUAACGAUCAAGAGUAAUAUCAAAUACUAUAAGGUGGAAUGCACAUCUCCUAAUUGUGGCUGGAUGUUGCGGUGUAGUAAGUACGAGAGCUCGGAUAGGGUUCGCAUUUACAAGUACGUUGGGGAGCACACUUGUGGUGUUGAACAUGUUAGGAGCCUUCAUAAGCAUGCCUCGUCACAUGUCAUUGCAUCAGUCUUGAUGAAUGACUAUAUUGAAAACAAAGGACCAUCGACAAAGGAAAUCCAGAGGAUGGUUUUCAGGGAGUUUCAUUGUAAACGGAGCUACUGGAAGUAUUGGAAGGCUGGUAUAAUUGCUAAGAACUGGGUUAGGGGGACACCGGAGCACGGGUAUGGUUGCUUACUAGCUUAUUCUUACAUGGUUGAGAGUCUAAAUCCGGGUUCUAGAAUUUGCAUCAGGCUUUCGGAUGGCAACAGGUUUUUAUAUUACUUCGUGUCUUACGCAGCUUGCAUUCGAGGAUAUACCCACAUGAGAAAGGUUAUUGCCAUUGAUGGCACACAUUUAUAUGGCAAGUACGAGGGUGUCUUGUUGUCUGCCGUCGUACAGGAUACUGAGAACCAUCAGCUCAAGUUUAUAAUCGCUGAUGAACUGGACUUGUGCAUCAUCUCUGAUAGACACAAGAGCAUAGCCAACGCAAAGGCAUAUGGUUACGAGGAGUUCGAUGAACAUUUUCAGCAAUUCAGGGAUAAAAGCCCUGAAGCAGCUCAGUGCCUUGAGUUUGAAAUUAUAUUUAAAAAGUGGAGCAGGGCACAUUUUCUAGCCAACAGGUACGAUGUUCUCACCACAAACAUUACCGAGUCGCUUAACUCAAUAUUGAGGGAUGAAAGAGAGUACCCCGUGUCUGCCCUAUUCACUUCCAUUUCUAGGAGGUUUGCUGAAAUAUUCAGGCAGAGGCGUGCAGAUAUCGGCGAUUCAAAUAAUAUAUUUGUGCCUUCGGCUGAAAUAACGUUAAGGGAAAAGAUGACUGAGGGUGAUUCCUUAUUUGUCAGUAAUAUAAAUGGGGAUGCCGACGAGUUCACCGUUAUCGGCAGUGGCAGAACUGCCAAAGUCAAUCUACUGAACAAAACAUGUUCUUGUAGAGAGUAUGACUUGUAUAGAAAUGGAUAUGGUUCAAGCAUCUACAAGUAUUCUUCACCGAUGUAUAAAGUUCAAUCUUACAUCCUUGGGUUUGCUGAAACAAUCAAUGUAGUCCCUCCAGAGUCUGAAUGGGUUGUGCCCGAGGAGUAUGCAAAGAUGUACAUUGCUCCACCUCUUUAUGAGCCCAAACUUGGAAGGAAGAGAAUAAAGCGUAUCCACCCAUCGUGGAAUCUUUUAAGCCCAAAGGACGUGUAA